AUUACGGACAUUUGACAUCACCUAACCUAACCUGUUAGUUACUUACAAAGGCAUGGCACCACUUGUUAAACAUUCCAUGUGUUGUGGUUUGUGCUAUCUUAGGAUAUCCAGUAUCGUAAAAUAAAUGCGAUAAACAAACCACACGACCCGGUAGGCGUGUAAUAAAAUGAGGUAAAUUUACAAAGUCUGUAGCCAGAUUGGAAGUAUAUUCGAAGUACAUAUACGUCGUGAUUGAAAAUGUGCGACGACCGCAAAGUCAUCGGUUUUUGGAUAUCCGAAAAGAAACGUCAGAAAUUAAACUGGUCUGAGUUUGAGAAAGUAUGUGCCAAGAAUGGAUUCACAUUGAAAAUGGUUGAUCUUAACCCGGAUAUCGAGAAUCAAGGACGUUUGGAUAUUUUUGUGCAUAAAUUAACAAAUACUCUUGCAUUAGCUGAACAUGGCGACCAAAAUGCAAAGACGAUCAUCUCAAGGAUACAAGAAUUCAUUAAGAAACGUUCAGAAAUGAUCGUAAUAGAUCCUCUGGAAAAUGUGAACAAUUUACGGAACAGGCAUAAGUGCUAUAGAAUAAUGAGAAACGCUCUACAACACGAUGAUGUAUUUGCUCCAAAUUUCGUCGAAUUCAAAUCCACAAACGUUGAAGAAAACCUGAGCCUUUUAAAGAGGAAAAACGUCAAAUUUCCAUUCUUGUGCAAACCUUUACUUGCACAAGGUUCAACGGAUGCACAUAAAAUGAUGGUGAUAUUCAACAAAGAUGGCCUGGAAGAUUGCCAGGUUCCUUGCGUUGCGCAAGAUUUCAUCAACCAUAAUGCCAUUUUGUACAAACUAUAUGUAGUCGGAGAUAAAUUCCACGUAGUUGAACGUCCUAGUCUGAAAAACUUUUAUACAAAAGACUGCUUGACAUCGAAUACAAUUUUCUUCAACUCUUCUGACAUUUGUAAAAGUGGUUCAAAUUCUAAAUUGUCUAUUAUAUCGGACGAAGACAAGAAUCUUACAAUCAAACCAAACUUUGAAAUUUUUCAAUGGAUUGUCAGAACUAUCAACAAGGCUUUUGGUCUUACUUUGAUAGGAAUUGAUGUUGUUAUCGAAAAUCAUACUAAGAAGUAUGCAAUCAUAGAUGUUAAUAUUUUCCCAAGCUAUGAUGGGUACCCACAUUUUUUUGAGCAGCUAAUCGAAUGCAUAAAGAAAUUAAUUGAUCAAAAGGUUGCGAGACUAAAUAGUAAUUCCAACUCAAACAAGUGCCUCAGCGAUGACUUAGACUCAGGUUUUGAGAGUGAUGAAAAAAAACGUACUCUCAAAGAAUCACGACUUUCUAAUGAUACUAAGAAUGAUUCUUCGGUCAUACCGUAGUUCGUUCGCUGCACGAAGUGCUAUGUAGCCCGUGUACAUUUGUAUGACAUGUAAGGAACCAGAAAAAUGGGCUUAACGUGUUGUAAUUUUAAGACGAAAUGGAAACUUCAAUGAUCUUUACUUACGUAAAUCAAUAUUCCGUAAAUUACAGCUAAUAUAUAAAAUCAGUAAUACGUUUUAUAAAACCGUUGUACCCGUGUAAAAAUUGUACAAGUUUUUAAACUUUAGCACAAGUUGCCUGAUUUAUAAAAUAACUUUCCGAUUAACUUAACAUUACAGAGUUCUCAGGAAACAUUUUACGGCAAAACCAACUCGUGAAACUGUAAAAUUUUUGUGAGAUUAAUAUUGUAAGCUCAUUUUACAUACGUUGCUGAUAUAUAGUUCGGUCAAACAUAGCUUGACCAUCUACAGUUUUUUAACGCUGCAUUUUAUUUUGCGCUAACAAACUCAUGAAGUUCCUCACAAAUGGUGCUUUUGCAUCAGCUAAAUAUUAUUGUAGUCAAUCAUAUAGUUUUUUUUCAACUGGUGCCAAAACUGAAUCCAUUUUCAAGUUAUUUCGCUUUACUGAAAAGAGAGGACUUUCAUAUUAUGCCGGCGCGGUAUAGGAUUAUCACAAGAAUAUAAAAAAAAAUGUCCAACCAUAAAUGGAUCACUUGAAACACUGAUUAUAUAAAUUCAAACAGCUUAUGGGCCAAUCCACUAAUUAUCAACGAAUGAUCUGGACGUCAAAAAAUUGAAUUUAUUCUCUUCUAGUAUGUACUAAGAUUGGAAACUUCACCAAGUUUUAACCUUCUAGGACUUACCGUUCGCCAGAAAUGCCACAUCAAAGUUUAUUAUUUUGACUUGACUGAGGUUUAAACACAAAUUAUUUUCGUAUCGUUACUGGCAUGAAAAAAUUUG